GAUUGGGAAUCGAAGGCGCGUAUUUUAGUUGUCUCGUUACAUGGGCAAAUAUCAUAAUAUUUAUCAGGUGGGAAACUAACACUUUUGGUCAUUCCUUCAAAUGAUCAAAGUACCGGGCUUUGUUAUUUCCCAGCUACUGGGACGAGGGACGUAUGGACAAGUAUACAUGGGAAGAAAGUCCGGUUCAAGUAAGCUAGUAGCAAUUAAAUGCAUUAUGAAGUUGAAACUAAGCAAUCAAGCCCGGGAUAAUUUAGUCAGUGAAAUUUCUAUUUUGAAAGCUCUUGAGCAUCCCCAUAUUGUUCGUAUGCUUGAUUUUACAUGGGAUGGAUCUUUUGUGUAUAUUAUAAUGGAGUUUUGUGGCGGAGGAGACCUUAGCAGAUUUUUGAGGUUGAAAAGAAGAUUAGAUGAACUGCUUGUGCAACGCUUUUUACAACAGUUAGCUUUAGCUCUUCAAUACUUAAAAAGUAAAAAUAUAGUCCACAUGGAUUUAAAACCUCAGAAUAUUUUGCUCACAUCAAUUAACAAUCCAAGCUUGAAGCUUGCCGACUUUGGAUUCGCCCAGUGUAUUAAAGAGACAGCUAAAAAGAAUGAAGUUCGUGGCACAUUAUUGUAUAUGGCACCUGAAAUAUUCUGCGAGGGUUUUUAUCAUCCUUCAUGUGAUCUAUGGUCUAUUGGUAUUAUUCUAUAUGAAUGCCUAUUCGGCACUACUCCCUACGGUCAAAUUACAAUUGAAAAAUUAAAAGAGAAAUUAGUGGCAAUGGAUGAAGAAAUUAAGUUACCUUCUACAAAUGAAAUAAGCAAACCAUGUGCUGCCUUAAUACAUGGUUUAUUAAAACGGAACCCUUCUGAACGAUUAAAUCAUGAACAAUUUUUUUCGCAUCCAUUCAUUGAUUUAGAUCAUGCACCAUCAGCACAAAGUCUGGAUAAAGCUGCCGAAUAUCUUAAACGUGCGCCUCAACUAGAAUCACUGGGGAAAUUAUGUGAAGCCUACGAUUGUUAUCUAGAAGGUUUAAAUCACCUAAUGGCUGCAUAUAAUUAUGAGCCGUCGCGCUUCAAGAAAUCGCAAAUACGAAACCUGAUGAAAGAUCAUUUACUAAAAACGGAAUCACUGAAAUUAGAAUUAUGUCUGCUUAGUCACACGGAUGUGACUUCAUCGUCGUCACCUCAAUUAGAGCCAAAAACUCUUAACAGUCAAGCAGUUAAUUUACCUGAUCCUAUUGUUCCAGUGAAAUGUUAUGAUGUAUCACGACAGCCUAAAAAGAAUGCCGAUUCAUCAAAGAAAGGCCUAUUUCAUUAUCUACCAAAAAAAAAAGAUGAUCAUCAAUCAUCAUUGCAAAGCAAGUCAUCACCUACUUCUGAAACAUAUCAACCACAAGAUUCAGGUACAAGUGAUAAUUUUACAUAUUUUAGGGGAGACUGUUUGUCGACAGAUUCAGUCGAACAAAUUAAUGUUUGUUUAUCCUCAGAUAAAGCUGGAAUUCUUACUCGUAUUAAGCAUUGGUUUUCGCGACAGAAUGAUAAGACUGAAAAUCCUUAUGAAUACAGUGGAAAAGCUAAACCUGUGCCUACCGCUAUAUUGGUUGAGGUGGAUCAUUCGAAUUCUACACAGUUGCCAUUGGGAUCGCUUCACUCUCCUCCUGUCCUUCCUUCAUCUCCUAGUCCUUGUCCAAAUUCAGCGAACACAAUUGAACAAGAAGAAUCUUUAGCUCUUAAUCAGUCUGUUAAUUCCUCUACAAUUGAACCGGCCAUUGAAUCAAGUGUGAAGACAACUUCUUUGGAUUCUUCAAAGUUCAGGGAUUCCUAUUUAGAAUCUGAACCAAAUGUCGAUUCAACUGAUAUGGUAGACGGUCUAACUGAGAAAUUUUAUCGUAGUCGACUUUUAGAACUGGGUACCUCCAGCAAUAUUGUGGUUGAAUUUUUGGACAAGUUUUAUAAACUUAUUUCUAAACAUCAUUUACAAGAAGCACUGAUUUACUUUCAAAAUGAAUUUUCAAAUUGUUUAAAAGAAGCUCAAAAUGAUUCUAAUUCCAAGAACCGGAGUAUUUUGUUUAAAGAAUUAAAUCUUGCCAUGGAUAAAGCCGAACAAAUCAAAGCCAAGUUAAAUUGUAACAGUACAAUGAUGAUUGGUGAAAAUGAAUCUUCUAGUUUUCAAAUUGGUGAAGAAGUACUCGACGAAAAUCCACAAGAAGAAGACGAGCAUUCAAUAUGCUCAUAAAUAAUCUUAUACUUUCAUGAUUAUUGCGAAAGUUUUAAUGAACAGAAUAAUCUCGUGCGAGGAUGAUUAGUCACUCAAUGUUAAAGGAAACAUCACUUUUAAGAUCUAUCCAAGCGUCUAAUUGCACAAAUUAGAGAUACACAUGAACAAUUGAAACUCAAAACAACGAUUUAUCUAAAGAAAUGUUCAAUGCAAGUUAUUUACAAAUCUCAAAUCUUGAGAUAUCUUUGGAAAUUAACGCCUCUUGAUAUGUUGAGGUAAAAAGAUUCCCUGUAGUAAUUACAUGAAAAUGAAUUGCAAUGUGCGAUAGCGUAAGUCACAGUCAGUAGCUGUCUAAAGUCGAUAAUAAUUAUCAACUAUUAGAUGGAGACUAAUAGCACUAAGACAUAGAAAAUCUUGUGUCUAAAAAUAUAUUUGAGGAAUGCACAAUAACUAGAAAUAACUAUUUCAAGUUAGUUUAUGCAAAUACUUAAGAAUUUUACGCAACAAUAAAUGGACAUUGAACCAUGUGUCCAUACAUUAUUGGAAAUGCAACUGGUUACUAAAUAUCAACAAGUAGUAUAAAUCAAUGCACGCAAACGAGUUGAGUGAGAGGAGAACGGAAACUGUGAGUGCCAACGAACUUAGUUAUUAUGUUACGAGUCAAGAACUUUGGUGUACUACAAUCGGAGUGAUUCAUUUCAUUAUGGGCAAAUAAAAAUUAUAUCUUAAAGUAUAGGGGUCAUGUUUUGGUUAUUAGUGAAUGCCUGAAUCAAAACCAAACCCUUGGAUAAGUGUGUAUCGUACAGUUUAGUUUGUAAAAUUCAGGAGUUUCAAUUAUGCCGUUUCUCAUUUCAUCCUCUGUAAAGUUAUGAAACAUUUUAAGGUGCUUCAUUGGCAUUUGUUUCUAUGGGGAAUUUUAGUAUGUUUUGAUCUAAGUUAUUAACUCCCAUACCCGAUAAAAAUUCGUAUGCUUAACCUUGAGUCACACCUUAACUGUGAGGCCUAUCCAUACUAAACAACUGCUCAAACCGAAGUAAGGGGAGUUGGGCUUGAAUCUGCGGCUUAGUAAUUGAAGGUCAAAUACCGUAAUCACUGAGCUACCGUUUCAGUGUACACUGCUUAAUCGUUAGUUUUUGUAGCUCUUCAAUAACUUUACAUUUUAAAUUACUUUUUUUAAGUCAAAGUAUUAUAUAUUUCAAUGGUUAAGAUCAUGAGUCAGUUGAAGCCAGACCACCAUGGAUGUGUCGCUCAAUUUCGUGGAUAAGUUGAAGUUAGACAUUAACACCGUUGGGUGCCAGCUCAGUGGUCUAGUGGUUAAGUGCUCGCGCGCGAAACCAGUAGGUCCUGGGUUCGAAUCUCUCAGGGGGAAAGGUCAUGGAUGCGCACUACUGAGUAGUACCACAAUAGGACGAAACGGCCGUCCAGUGCUUCCAGGUUUUCCAUGCUGGUCUAGCUUCAACUGACUCAUGAUCUUAACCAUUGGAAUUACUUUAAUAUCCACAAAACCCAUCUGAUAUUAUAUAUUUGUUGAGAAUAUAAAUUUUUCAAAGAUAUAUUCCUAAAUUAGUUAUUUAGUUUAUCUACAUUUAAAGUUAAUAGUUAUAGACUAUUUGAUGCAGUUUAAUGUCAGCGUUUCUUAACAAUUCAUUGUUGAAAAUUUUCAUUAACAGUUAGCCUAUUACUUCCACGUGAAUCAUUUAAAUUGUAUAUCAUCAUCCUUUUGAUUAAUAGAAUAUCAUUUAUUAAAAGAAUAAGCGAUUGGAUAAUUUAGUAUAAUAUUCUUUGUUCGUUUCGUAUUUCAGAUCAGUGCUUAUUAAUGUGAUA